AUGGCCUACCUUAAUAAAAUAGCUCUAAAAUGUUUAUUAUUUUUCUCCCCUUCUCCUUUAGGUUUCCAAAAUAAAAAUAGGGUUGCAAUCUUGGCUGAACUGGACAAAGAAAAAAGAAAACUACUCAUGCAGAACCAAUCUUCGACAAAUCAUCCUGGGGCUAGCAUUGCGCUCUCCAGGCCCUCUCUUAAUAAGGAUUUCCGGGAUCAUGCUGAACAGCAGCACAUUGCAGCCCAGCAGAAGGCAGCUUUGCAGCAUGCUCAUGCACAUUCAUCUGGAUACUUCAUAACUCAGGACUCUGCAUUUGGGAAUCUUAUUCUUCCCGUUUUACCUCGCCUUGACCCAGAGUGA